UUCUCUCAUCUUUUACGCUUCGAGAGCUUCGCAUGCUUGAAAGCUCUCGCGUAUGGUGAUCGCAAACGCGCGCGCGCGCGUGAUCAAACUGCUGAUCGUGCACGCUCUUGUGGUACGUUCGCUCUCUCGGUCGCUUUUGAAUGUGUGAAGAGAGGGGACACUUUGCGUAAAGGAGCUGGUGGAGCAAAACCGAAAACCGGACGGGUUUAUCCCGCAAACUCGCUUCAUUUAUCUCAGUAGCAAUAAUGCCGUCGGCGUGAUCGUAACGCAACAGUGAAAUAGUAGUACGAGCAUUCUGUUCGGUUGUUGCUGUUACCGGGUGGUACGGGUCGGCUACACUCAUAGUGUGGCAUUUAAAGCUUAGAAGGCUUCCAGCUCGGUGACACUUUCGGUUUUCAAAGGGAGUGGGGAACUAACCACUUCACCGUUUGGCGGUUUAUUUGUUUAUAUCAAUAAUCUCGGUUCGGGUUGUUCGUCAGCUACGUUUGCUCCAUUUUUUGGAGUAGUUGUGUGUGGAAAUAAACCCCUCCAAACAACGCGGGGUGUACCGGUGAAGUGUGCUGUGUGCCAUAAACGAGUACACGUACAACAGUGUACUUCACGCUUCUGUGACGCGUCCGUGGCGUCCGGAAAUAGUGUGACAAAAAAAGUCAUAAUACAAAGCAAAGCGAAACACAACAACUUCCCCCCCGGAACAAGCUCCGUACGCCAACAGGAGAGGGUUGAAGAGACAAACCAAAUUGUCAACUUCAUUAAAGCGAAACCCACGAUCCGGCUGUGUGCUGUUUUUUGUUGUAGUGCGUUUGGAUCUGCAGCGGAGGGCGUUCGGAAAUUCCAAAAAAAAGGAAGGUUCCCGGUGAAUAAAAAGUGAAGGGAAAACGACUCAAACGUUAGACUAUAGAUGUCUCAAAGUGGAAUGUUGUUGUUCAGGGGUGUGACGAAGAGCGUGUGAACGUGUGUGUGCGAAGGAACACGGCAAGCCUAAUUUAACGCCAGAACUCAAGGGACGGUACGACACUUUGCAACAGGUUGCAGUAAAUUCUUUAGACUGCUUCAGAGCGCAAUACCGAAACGGACAGACCAACUUCCACCGAAAAGAAAUGGCGUCGUUACAGAAGUUGUUCUUGUGUCCGCUGCACCCGAUGCUAUUGCUGCUGGCCGUAUCGGCAAACCUUGUCAGCAUCCGUGGGGUGGAAAGCGACACGGUAACGGUGACGAAGUUACCGGCAACAUCGUCAAUGCCACCAAUAAUGCCGGCGGCGGACGGCGAAAACAAGUUUCUUAAAUAUCUGUUCAACAAGUACGGCAGCAAGGGAGUGAUCUCGUUCGAGGGUUUGGAGCAUCUGAUGCAUAGCCUUGGACUCGGCGGAAUAGAUUUCAUCGAUUCGCACACCCUAAAAGAGCAUCGUCCGGAUGGGUACGAUUUCGGUGACUACGAUAUGUAUGACGGUGUAAGUCAACACGAGCAUGGUCCCCACGACCCUCAUCAUCAUCAUGGCGAUCAUCAUGGUGAUGAUUCAACACCGGAACCACCGGUGAUAACGUUCGCUAGUGCUACCGUGACCUCUGGCGAUCAUCGCCCCGAUCAGCAUCCAACCGAGCAUAAGCACGAAGCAGAACCGGUGGACGAACGUAGCAAACAGAGACACGGUGAUACCGGUGUCCUCACAGCACCUGCCUCGGGUGCUAUAAACAGUACGAGUACCGUGCCGAGAUCAGUAACCACGGUGAUGCAGGAUAGAAAGACAUUCGCAGAGGAUGAUGAUCACGUGUGGCAGGAAAUUAUCUUUAAAGACAUGCAUGAUCCCAGGCAUCGUCAUCCGCGAAACAAAAAUGUGCCAUUCUGUUUGUCACCGAUGUCGAUCGUUCAUCUGGUGAUGGAGGAACCACUGCUUGCCAAACAUCACAACUUCCGCAAGGCAAGAUCCUUAUCACACACCCAUCAGACACCGUCAGCAGACGAUGAGAUAGAUCCGGACGCUCGUAUCGAAAUUACACCGUCCGAAUUCAAGGAUCUUUGUCCGGCAUUUUUGGUACAGCUAGAUCAGCGAGCCUGUUCCCAGAAGCUACAAAAGGAAGCCAAUCCACAUCGGGAAAAGAAAGCCUUCUCGCAAGCAUGGAUCUACGCCUCCGCCUGUGUACUGAUCAUUUCACUGUGCGGCCUGGUAGGAGUGGCAAUGGUACCGCUCGCCAAAUCCAUCGCGUACGAUGAUAUAUUGCGAUUUCUCAUUGCGCUUGGUGUAGGAACGCUGUGCGGGGAUGCGCUGAUGCAUCUGUUACCGCAUGCACUGCUGCCACAUGACGAUGGUGAACAUCAUCAUGACCAUUCGCACGGCGAGAUCGAUCACCACGGGCAUGAUCAUUCGGCGGAAACGCGUGCCAUGUGGUUGUGCCUGUGUGCGUUCGGGACGGCAUUCUUCAUGUACAGCUUGGAGAUGAUCUUGCCGCUGUUUCGGGAUGGGGAUGCACAUUCACACCACGGACAUUCACAUGCACACACGCAAAGCUCGAAUCGGGUGGAACCGAGAACAGCACAACAGCCAUCGCACACCAACAGUCAACACGGCAAUCAUCAUCAUCAUCAUCAUAAUCAUCAUCACAACCAUCGGGGUGAUGACAUCGAGCUGGAUAUGGCGGACGGCGUUAAAGAUAAGGAAGCCAAAACGAUGCUAGAGAAGAAGAGCUCCCGCAAACCGAUGGCGGCGGUAGCGUUUAUGGUUAUAUUGGGUGAUGGGCUGCACAACAUCACGGAUGGCUUGGCGAUCGGGGCAGCGUUUGCCGUUGAUCCUGUCACGGGACUGGCCACCUCGUUCGCUAUCCUCUGUCACGAGCUGCCCCACGAGCUCGGUGACUUUGCACUGCUGCUACAAACCGGUGUCAGUAUUAGGAGGGCAAUAUUCCUCAACAUAGUGUCCUCCGUUCUUAGCUUCAUUGGCAUGGCCCUUGGAUUGCUACUGACUGGUAUGCACGAAUCGGUCGUCAGCUGGAUCUAUGCGGGAACGGCUGGCACAUUCCUGUACAUUGCACUCUCCGAUCUGGUGCCGGAGAUGCGUAACGAUGUAGCUAAAAGCGAGCAAAAGCUGAAGGUGAUACUGAUCCAGCUAACUGGCUUAACCCUCGGAGCGAUCAUUAUGUUAUUGAUCGCGUUGAAUGAGAAAGAUCUUCGAAUGUUGUUUGAUUAGUGGGAUAGUUUAAGAUUCCGUAUUGUACAUAAUGUUUAGACGAAAUAGAUUGUACUUUUUUACAGUAGUGAA